UUGGAAUUGAGAAGAAAAUCCCGCCAGGUUUUUUUUGUCAUAAGUUGCGUUCUCUCUCUUUCUUCUCCCGGCGGAUUCCGGCGACCGCCGUCUUCUCCUCCCGCCUUGCCUAAAUUCACCCUCAAUACCUCUUCUUUUUCUGAUUCCUUAGUUCCCGUAGCUUUACAAGAAGUCGAGACUUCCAAAAACCCCUAAUUUUGUUUUCUAGUGAUUAUUUUACUUUGUAAAAACAUCGGGAUUUACGGAGAUGGAGAGUGAGGAAGGUGAAAGUAGCAUUCCUUUUCAGCUCCAGUUCGACAAGCCCAUUCCCUUUCAGAUUAAGAUAGCUGAGUGGAACCCUGAGAAGGAUUUACUGGCGAUGGUUACUGAGGACUCCAAGAUUUUGCUCCAUAGGUUCAAUUGGCAGAGGUUAUGGACUAUUUCGCCAGGAAGACCUGUUACUUCUUUAUGCUGGCGUCCUGAUGGUAAAGCCAUAGCUGUUGGUCUAGAGGAUGGAACCAUUGCCCUUCACGAUGUUGAGAACGGGAAGCUACUAAGGAGCUUGAAGCCCCAUGAUGUAGCUGUUGUGUGUCUUAACUGGGAGGAGGAUGGGCAAUCCAAUACAGAUGAAAUUGGGAAAGUCUCAGUUUAUGAGGACCGUACCUCACGUUUCUUCCCUCCUGCUCCAAGAGCUCCGAAGAUGCCUGGAGUUGUAGCUGGUGACUCCAGUUUCAUGGAUGAUGGUGAGGAUUCUUUGGCAGAACUAUCUAAUGCCUCAUUCCGGAAGUUUAACGUUCUCUGCAGUGGGGAUCGAGAUGGGAGCAUAUGCUUUAAUAUAUUUGGAAUAUUUCAGAUUGGGAAGAUUAACAUACAAGAGCUGUCUGUUCCUGUGGCCUCUCUGGAUGGGCAUGCCUCUUGCAAACUAUUUAAUGCUACUAUUUACAAGGUUGCUUUAUCAAAAGACCUCUGUCGCCUGGUGGUAAUGUGCACUGGAGAGCUUAGGGAUUGCAGUAUCGAGCCAAAGGAGGAAAAACUAAGUGUUGAAGAUCUGCAUGGUUUACAUUGCCUUGCAAUGGACACAUCUAUAUUUUGGAAGAGGAAAAAUGAGCUGCAUCAGGUUGCUCAACAAGCUUCCAACAUCGAAGAUUUGACUGAGGUUAUUCGAGAAUCCCUAUCAGUUAUGAGUAAACAAUGGGCGGAUGCCAUGAAAACUUUCCACGACAAGUUUCAUUCUCUUUCCACCUUGAUCACAGAUAAUGGACUGGAAUCAUCUCCUCAAGAAGAAUUCCUUAGCCUUUUGGGUGGUGCGCGAAUAAGCCCAGCACUUAAUCAGUUCUUAGUUAACUCUCUUGGUGAAGUGGGUGUGAAGCGUGUUUUAAAGUCAGUAUGUGGUACAGGAAAAGAGCUUCAGCUGGUUGUCCUUGACCAUCUUCAGCCUGCAGCAGAAAUCAUUGGAUUCAGGAUGGGUGAACUAAAAGGUCUCUCGAGGUGGCGUGCACGAUACCAAGGCAUUGGUUUGGAUGAGAAACUCCUUGAUGAAGCAACUGAAAAUGCUGGUCUUGUACUUGUUCAAGUGCAACGGUUUAUGAUGGUACUAUCUUCUGUUGUCCAACAGUUCUCAAAUUUCUUCAACUGGCUCCUCAAAAGCAUAAAGUAUCUUAUGCAAGAACCAAAUGAUCAGCUUAUCUCAUACAACAGUGAACUCCUUGUGGUAUUCUUGAAGUUCUUAUACGAUCAAGAUCCGGUGAAAGACCUCGUGGACUUUUCUGAAGCUGAUGAUGACAUUGAAAUUGAUCUCAAAACAAGUGAAAGAGUCAAACAGUUAAUUCAGUUUGGAGGGUUCUCAGACACUGAUUUUCUACGGAGAACAUUGGCCAAGGAAUUCCAACACAUGGAGUCUAGCUUCAAGGGGGCUCUACAGAUGCCCUUUACAACCAUAUCAAAGAAGAUAACAUGUAUGAAGUUGUUGCCGCUUUGCCCUCUUCAGUUGUCGACAACGCAGACGCGUACUACCAUUCCAAUGUCUCUCUCAUUCUAUAAGGAUGAGCUUUGUGCUGACACGCCUUCUGAAAGUGGGUACACUGAUUACAUAUCUUUUCAAGUCCCUGACGAAUCUUUCCCAGAUAUUCAGAACUGUAUUGGCAUAGCUAAGGGGUUUAAGCAAAACACCAACAACCAAACCAAUGAUUAUACUUCUCUGGAAGCUGUCUUGUUAUCUGUACCAAAUGGCUACCACUGUGUUGAUUUAUCUCUCUACAAGGAUAAAGAACUGGUUUUAUUAAUGAACGAAACAAGUACAAAUCCGGAAGGCUCAGGAGAAGCCUGCAUGAUGGUUGUUCAAACUGGUGAUCUUCCAUUCAUUUCCAUUUCAAGAGACAGUUGUCUAAAUCAAUGGGAGCUAGAGGAUUUGAAGAGCUCCAUUGUUUGCCUGGAAAUGGAGAAUGAAAAGGUUCGCAAAGUUCCACAUUCUACCAUUGCUCCUCUAGCAGUAAGCGCUUCAAGAGGAGUGGCAUGCGUUUUUGCUGAGAGAAGACGUGCCCUGGUGUACAUAUUGGAAGAAGAUGAAGACGACGAAGAAGAAGUGGCUGAAGACAAGUAAACCCUCCUCCAAAUGCCUGGCUUUUGAAUUUUUUUUCUUUUCUGUAGAUCCAUUUACUUUCAAGUUGUUUAGAAAGAAGAGACUUGAUAGAAUUAGAGUAAACAGACGGCGACGUUUAACUGGUUAUGACUUUGUUCACACUUCACAUGUUUCUACUUUAGUAAUUGUUUACUAUUUUUAGUAUUGAAUCUGAAUUUUUGUGGUUU